UGUGCAUCUCCGUUACUUCAAGUAUCACUUGAACUUUAAUCUGCUCUUCCUUCAGGCUGAACCGUCCUCACCACAUAAAGAUCCUCGAAAUAUCUUCUAAACGCAGAAUUGAUAACAGAUGGACAUUUCUUCGAUAUUGCAAGGUGGAUACCAGCACCCCUUGUCGCGAUCUUGGCAAAGCAGAAAACAAUUGACCAAGUCAAUGCUAAUGUAUCCCAUCUUCAUCUCGGAUAAUCCAGAAGCCAGCGAAACCAUCCCCACUUUACCAAAUCAGCGUCGAUGGGGUAUCAACAAGUUGGAAGAUUUUUUGGGUCCAUUAAUGAAAAAGGGCUUAGGCAGUGUGAUUCUAUUUGGUGUUCCUUCCAAUUGCGCAAAAGACGGAAAAGGCUCUCCCGCCGAUGACCCAUCUGGACCAGUCAUUCUUGCCAUCAAGAAGCUGCGAGAGCUGUUCCCUUCACUAUACAUUGCGUGCGAUGUUUGCCUAUGCGAAUAUACCGACCAUGGACAUUGUGGGCUUCUCCACAAAGACGGAACUAUAGAUACAACGCCCUCCGUAGACCGCAUUGCUGAAGUAGCGGUCAGUUAUGCAAGAGCUGGGGCACACUGUGUCGCACCCAGCGAUAUGAUGGACGGUCGUAUCAAAGCUAUCAAGAGAGCGCCUUAUAUGGCCCCUUCAGGGAUGCAGCAGGCAGUGCCCCUUCUUUUGGGGACCGGAAAUGUUACCAACUACCUCCAUCGGCUAAGGGACUAGCGCGAAGGGCGAUUCAACGGGACGCGGCAGAAGGAGCAGACAUUAUUAUGGUCAAGCCUGCCCUUCCAUACCUAGACAUUAUUUCAGAUGCGGCCGAACUUACGCCAGAUCAUCCAUUGGCCUGUUAUCAAGUCAGCGGUGAAUUCGCGAUGGUCCACGCUGGCGCCGCAGCUGGCGUGUAUGACCUCCGUACUAUGGCAUUUGAAACUGUGGAUAGCAUGAUCCGCGCAGGUGCAACAUUGAUUCUCACAUACUUUACUCCGGAAUUUUUGGACUGGCUGGAAGCAUAAACCGAAAAGAAAAUGUACCGUAUAACGUACUGUACAGUAGAAUCAAAAAAUUGCGUCAUGAUGUGGCACGUAA